GUCUCUGUAGCAAUUUAUAAUAAAUUGCAAAAUUAUUGGCAACAUAUUGAUGAAAUAUCACAUGUAGCUGCAUUCUUAGAUCCAUGCUACAAAAUAUUUUCACGAUUAACACAAAAUUCAUCAGAUAUACAACAAAUUGAUGAGAUACAACGUUAUUGGAAUCUUCUACUUUAUAAUGAUGACAUUGAACCAUUAACAUGGUGGAAAAUGCACCAAGAUGAAUUUCCGCUAUUAUCUAAUCUUGCACAAAAUUAUUUAGCAAUUCAAGCAAGUUCAGUGUCUUGCGAACAGUUAUUUCCAAUUGCUGGAGCUAUUAUUAGCAAGGCAAGAAAUCGAUUAACAAGUGAAAAUGCUCGUGCAUGCCUUUGCUUGAAAAGCUGGAUAGAUAAAAAUAUUCUUGGACCUGAAUUUGAAA